AUGUUGUGGCCGCAUAGACAUCUCUUGCCACCCAGACAUGAGCAAGUGCUAGAGUAUCUUGCCGCAUCCUACACUGAAUUCGAAGUUAUCCCACUACCUGAGGAAUGUCUGAUCUUCGAGCGAUGGAGCGAGGACAAAGACAGAAAGCCCAGUGGCUCUUUCGUUGCACUCAACACACCCGAAGAAAGCAUUCGAAUUAGAGAAAGAGCAAUGCCGAAUAAUGGUCGCGGGUUCCAACUCAAUCUGAACGACAUGUUGGAUGCAGCUAUUGCUGUGUUGCCCAGCGAUGCAAUGGCUUUGCUGCUACUCAUGGAUUUCGACAUGUAUGAAGAUGACGAUGAUGAGUUUGGAUGCGGACGUGCGUAUGGUUACAGUCAUGUGUGUAUAGUGUCCAGUUUCCGGUACAACCCUGCUUUCGAUAAGGAUAUUGACCUUGACCGCGAGCAUGUCUGGCCAGCAAGUCAUUGUGCUGCAUACGUGCAAGCGCAGGUGGAUGAGUUCAUCAAGCCUUCUGGGAAGGUACCAAGUCCCAAGAGUAUCAUGCCACCACAACCAUCGAGAGCUCUUGCCAAAGCCAUCCAAGCACAUCGAACCGCGAAUCCUUCUCGAGAAACUCUAUGGCUGGAAAGAGUUUGUCGCACGGCGAGUCACGAACUCGGUCAUUGCUUGGGUAUGGAUCACUGCGUGUACUACGCCUACAUCAUGCAAGGAAGCAACUCCAUCCCCGAAGACCUGUGA